GUCUCUCUCCUACCGCGCAGGGUCUAGCUUGAAUCCUUGUAGUGUCUCUGUCAGUUGCUGUCCUCAGUUUGUGACUACGGACGCCAUUAUUUGAUUUAGUGAAUAUAAAGUUCUGUUUCGAUAUACCGAGUGUUCGAGUUUCAUGGAAAUACUGGUCACGCUGCAGUAGUUUUGGGAGGAUGCCCAACAGGAAACCAGCUCGAACGCGAUUCCUAACCAAAAAGUCGAUAGCAUCAUAGCACCGCUGCAAAUGCUCCCCAGGAUUUUGGGUUUCUUACAGAAAAAGCAAUAAGUUUUGUUUAAAGUGCCUUGUUCUUUCCUGCUGUGUCAACGUUGUGAUAUAUAAUGAAGCAAUAUUAGAGAAGAAACCAGAUCAAAAUGAGCUGGACAAUGAUGGGUACAAGUACCCAAGGAAAUUAGACAUGUUUAGGUCUGUGAAUCAAAACAUUUACAGUCGGACUAUAAUGCAAGUAAGGUUGCUCUCUCAAAAGACAGUGUUCAGUUCUAUCAAAUUAUGGAUGCUGCAUACUACCAAGCUAUGCACAGCUUUGUGCCAGACCUGCACAACAGCAAUGCUUUACCAGUUAAGAGGGGUGACAUACUCUUAGUAUAUGUACAAAGAGUAUCGGGUUGUCCAAAAGGGUGGCUGUAUGCCUACCACCAAACCAAGCACAUCAAAGGAUAUGUACCUGUUGAAGUACUCAAGUACAUUGGUUCAGAGACAAGUCACCAUCUUCAAAGUGCUGAACAACAAGGGGGCACCACAUCAGAGACUGAAUUACACAAUACUAGUCAUCAAUUUACAAUAAUUUAUAUUUCAAAUCCAAUCCAGUGUGUUCACUGCAAAGACUAUUUAUGGGAUAUAGGGAAGAUUGCUAUACAAUGUUCAGAUUGCCAUUCUUGUUUCCACAAGCUAUGCAUCCGAUUCUCCAACAGGCACGCCUGCCAGAAAGGUACCGAGGAGACGUCGACGGCCGCGCUGGACCGCGAAAAGCCCGUAUCAGAGUGGACGUCACCAACGGUAGUAGAAUGGAUGGCCGCGGUCAAUUUGUACCCAUAUUCCGAUCUUUUCCGGUGCAAAGACGUCUGCGGAUCCGACCUGCUAAAUAUGGAUAAAGAAAAAUUGAUGAUCAUGGGUGUGAAAGACGAGUUCCACCAGAAAGCGAUCCUGCAUAGCAUCAAUGAAUUGAUUUCUUCUGAGAACUCAAACAUGUCCAAUGACCAAUGCAACUAUAAGGACGAAUAUGCCCAUAAAUUGAUCCAGCAGAGCUUCAGUACUUUGCAGAAGUGCAGCAAAUGCAAUAAAUACUUGAGGGGUAUCCUCCACCAGGGGUUCGUCUGUAAUGAUUGCGGUAUCGUGGCUCAUCGAACCUGCGCUGCAACGGGCUUAUCCACGUGCAAACCGAAAUGUACCAAGCUUAUUGGAACUUUUGGUCAAAGCCUUUGCGCAUUAUUUAAUCCAUCGGAAACAGCCGCUCCGGACAUCGUUGUUAAAUGUGCCGAAGAACUGGAGGCAAGGGCUGCAGCAAACAGUUCUUUAGAGUUGUACAGCUUGUAUUCAGAGUCAGCUCCUAGUGAGCAAGUCAGCGAGCUAAGGCAAAGUCUGAACGAAUCAAGUAAUGUAGAUCUGACGCUCUACACUCCAGUGUGUAUUGCAAAUGUUUUCAAGAAUUUCCUGAGGGAGUUGCCAGAUCCCAUAAUACCUGUUCAGUGGUAUGAUCAAUUUUUGGACGCAGCUAAAAUACGCAACGACGAACAAUGCGCCACAAUGUUGAACAGCUAUGUUCAGGAGAUUCCAGAAAGCCAUCGCAGCACUCUCCAAUUUGUGAUGGCGCAUCUCUGCAGAAUGUGCCAAAUGGAACACACGAGGGGGAACAAGAACCCUCCUACCGUACUUGUUCAAGUUAUGUGCCACAUCUUCCUCAGACCUCCGUGGGAGCGAAUUAUACAAGUUGUUUAUAACACUCAAUCUCACAACCGUAUUGUGGAGAUAUUAUUGCUUCAUUGUGAUUGGGGUAUUAAGCUACCAGAGUUUGCUGCGGCGCCUGCAAUUCCACCAAGGAAAGUCUCCAGGAAUAGUAGCAGCCAUACAGUCGGGACGGAGAAGGAGAAACCAUUGACGACGUCUCUUCAGGAUGCGGAGUGGUAUUGGGGAGAUAUUAAACGCGACGAAGUUACGGAAAAGUUGGACGAUACCUGUGACGGAACCUUCCUUGUACGAGAUGCUUCCAACAAAUCUGGAGAGUACACUCUGACACUCAGGAAGGGUGGAGCUAAUAAGUUGAUCAAAAUUUGCCAUCGAAACGGGAAUUAUGGUUUUACGGAACCAUAUACUUUCAAUUCCGUGGUGGAACUCAUCAAUCACUACCGCAACGACUCGCUGUCCCAAUACAACGUCUCUCUCGACAUCAAACUUCUGCAUCCAGUAUCUAAAUACAAUCAGGAGGAAGAGUGUACGGAGAACGUGGAGAAAUUGAAGCAGUGCUUCUUAGCGAUCAACAAGAAAUUAGUGAAGAAAAACCAAAUGUUCCAAAGCAUAUCCGAGACUGCGAGUACCACGCGUCAGGAAGUUACUAGCAAGCGCCAGUCGCUUAGCGCCUUGAAGGAAUUAGUGAAGGUGUUUAAAAAGCACACGAAGCUCCACGAAAAAUUCAAAGCUGAAUCUCAGCCACACGAAAUCGUGUCCGUCAUGCAGAAUGCAGAACUGCUGCAGACUCGCCUCAAAGCCAUGGAAGAGAGUUGCGAACAACUGGACGAGAAUUUGCAGUCUCGCGAAGCCUUCAAUAGGACUUUGGAACGUGAGAUGACUUCUUUGAAGCCGACCAUUCGAGAGUUGCGGAAAGAGCGUGACAAGUAUCAGAAGUGGAUGAAGCAAGGCGGAGUAAAGCAGACCGUGAUAAGUCAGCUGUUGGAGUUGGUAGGCGACGUGGACGAAGCUAUCGUCGAGGACUUCGAAGAUCUACCACACAAUGAUGAAUCGACGUGGCUCAUGAUGCAUUGCCAGCGUUCCCAAGCCGAGAAAUUGCUAUAUGGUAAAGCCGAUGGUACAUUCCUCGUGCGUAAAUCUAGUACCAACCAGUAUGCAUUAUCAAUUGCCUGCAACGGCAUUGUAAAUCACUGCAUCAUUAACGAAACAAAGAAGGGUCUCGGCUUUGCGGAGCCGUAUAAUAUUUACGACUCGCUCAAAAAUUUGGUGCUUCACUAUUCCCAAAAUUCUUUGGAAAUCCACAACGAGUCGCUCAAAACCACUCUGACGUACCCUAUCAACGCGUGAGCAAAACAAAUGAAGUAAUGUGAUAAUAUAUAUAUUUUUAUCGUUUUUUCAAAGUGAAGAAGAAACUGAUUUUAAUUUUGGAAAAAAAAAGUAACUUAUUUAUACAUAUAUAUUUGUGUAUAUAUAUAUGUGAAUAUUGAUAUUUUAUAGCACCACGAGACUCAUUUGAAUCUACUGUAUGCCCAAUUAUAAGCAUAAUAUUUUGAUUGCAAAAUAUUAUGCAUAUAAUAAGGAACGAGCAACAACUAGAAAGAAAAAACAUACAAAAUAUGAAUGCAUAUAUAUAAUAUAAAUCGCAUGAACACCACCAAUGUUUUAUAAAUGACUGUGAUAGUGUGCUAAGUGAAGAAUUGUCUUUAAUUUUGUUCCAUAUAUCAUACUAUACAUAUUUUUAAUAUCUUUCUAUAAGUAUCUUCCAAUAUUUUCAUUUAAUAUUAAUUAUAUUCAUUGCACCCGUUUGGGUGCUGUUAUUUUGAAGUUCUAAGAAAAUGUGGUGCAUAGAGAGAGAGAGAGAGAAAGAGGAGAAAUCGAGUUAGUGAGAGAAGGAUGCGAGAGAUAAAAUAAAAAUUCGAAAUAUUAUUUUUUGUUUCACCAAACACACACAUGUGUCAUGUCUCAAUGUCUAUUGUAGAAUUCUUCUGUGUAUUCAAACUAUUGUAGACAUAUAGUUGUAAUGUAUGAAUAUUUUUUUUUUAUAUUUGUUCCUCUUCUUAUUAAUUGUCUAAUUAUAUAUAUAAACAUAUAAAUAUAUUUUGUGAUUUAGUAUGGUCGAGGAAGAAUGUGUUUUCGUUUUGGAAAAAGAAAAAACAACUUAUAAAGGGGUUUGUUUGCUGAAGUGUAUUUACCUUCCAUCGGAAUUCGCAUGCGAGCCAAAAUUGAAUUUAUUUUUGUAAUAUCGCGUUUGGCAAAGCAAACAAACCCUGCAUGCUAAUUACAACCAUUAUACUUUAGAUUUAGCUUUAUUCAAUCAAAAUAAAAAAAAAACAUGUAAACAUUGUAAUGGCAAUAUAUUACCGUUAUAUUCUUACAUUAAAAGUGAAACAAAAUAUAUGGAGGAGGAAAAUUGUCGCCGGAAGAACGUUUUCUCUGGCACUUCGUUCUUAUUACGAAAUUAGCAUUUUCUUUGUGUAUAUAUAUGUAUAAAUACAUACAUAUAUUUAAGAAUAUGAAAAAAAGCUUACCCGUAUUAUAUUUGUGUCCUUUAGAAGGAUGUCAUUGACUCCAAGUCAUUUUUCUCUUUUUUUUUUCUUCUAUUAUAUAUUGUAUAAUCUAUCGUGAUGAGUUUAAACAGUUGCUUUUUAUCUUCUUGUUUCACAAGUUUUUAUCAAAAAUAUAAUAUUCAAAAGAAAAAAAAUCGUUGUAUUGUUUUUCAAUAUUAUAUUUUUUUAAUCGAGUCAUUUGCUUCAGUUGUUAAAUGAUUUAUUUGCCAUCACAUUAUGAUUUUUCCCCCUUGUUUUGUUAUUUUAGAGUUCGAAGGCUGUUUUGUGUUCAUACUGUGUGGCAUUAAAAAGAAAAAAAAGUGAAUGGCUGUUUUCUAUUAGU